AUGCGCCGUGCGUGCGAGCACAACCGGCCCGGAGCCGGCGUCGGAGCCAAUCUGUUGUUCCUUCUUCUCUUUCUGAUUUAUGGUGGUCAAGUGACAAGUGAAACUCUGGUUGAAACUUUGGGAGGCUUUUUGCCACCGUUCCUGCGAAAUAACAUCGACGGAUUAGUGAAGACUGCUUCAGAAAGUUGUGAAAUUCUUCCUCUGGAGAUCCUUUACUCUCGACAGUAUACCAUCGAGCUACCUCUCGUGGAUCUACUGGAGUGCACUCGCUCAAGGAACAGAACAUACCGGCUACCCACCGCCCAUCUUUACGUCAAACUCAAGCCCUCCCAUCAACUUGUCCUUUACGUUCCUGGUUGGUGGAAUCAUCCAAAUGACGAAUCCUCUCAAGCCAUAGUCAAAGCUUUACUAAACAAACAUCCCACAGUUCUAGUUCUCGACACUAGUCUCAGCUUCAGCCUCGGAUAUGUAACCUCUGCAUCAAGAGUUAAUCCUUUAGCCCAUCUUAUUUACGAUUUUAUCAAAAAUGUACACGAGAAAGGAGUUCCUCUCUCUUUGAUUCACCUCAUCGGGUUCAGUCUUGGCUCUCACGUAGUUGGUAUAGCUGGAAAACUAGUUAAAAAAAAUCUUAACGCUACGAUCGGCAGAAUAACUGCCCUAGAUCCAGCUAAACCUUGUUUCAAGAAUUCUUUGGAUUACAGAUUGGAUAAGAACGAUGCGGAAUUCGUCCAAGUAGUUCAUUCAAGUGCUGGUGUAUUAGGAUUGGAGCAGCCAGUGGGGCACGUAGAUGUUUACGUGAAUGGCGUGGCGGGCAAGCAACCGGAGUGCUUGGGUAGGGGUAUCACUUUACAAUGUGACCAUGCGCAGUCGUGGAAGCUUUACGCUGCGUCUGUGAUGGACGAAACAGCGAUGAUGGGUCGCCGCUGUAAGAAUUGGGAUGAGUUAAGUACUGGGAAAUGUAAUGGUACUAUGACAGUCAUAGGUUACAGCUGCGAUAAGAGUUCCCGAGGUCUGUAUCUAUAUAAAUCCCGUCGUUUGAAAAGCAACCAAAACAAAAUGAAGGUAUUCAAUUUAUUCGAUCUGCGUACUUGGUGGAAUUGA